AUGCAUUUCAGUUUGGGUGAAAUGCAAUUAUCAAAUGCAUCAUCACAUUCACUGAGCCAACCAUGUGAUUCAUCAGUGCAAUCCACCAACAAAAGCUGGACUAGUUCUACUGAGAAGGAAACCGCAACUUUGAAAGCUAUAGAUUUUGGUUUGUCGGUGUUUUUUAAACCAGGUGAAAGAUUUAAUGAGAUAGUUGGAAGUCCAUAUUACAUGGCUCCGGAGGUAUUGAAGAGAAAUUAUGGCCCGGAAGUAGAUAUUUGGAGUGCUGAAGUUAUUCUAUACCUCUUACUUUCUGGUGUGCCUCCAUUUUGGGCAGAAACUAAGCAAGGAGUUGCACAAACAAUUAUAUGA